AUGGAAGAUGACGGGGAGCGACACCCGCACCUGGAGAGCAGCCAGGCAACGCUGCAGGCGCUGGUGGGGAGCGGGGGCGUGCCCCCCAUCACUUCCUUCUCAGUCAGGGCCGCCGCGGCCUCGGGCCCCGGCCAGUACAGGUGCAUCGAGUGCGACCAGGAGGCCAGCGAGCUGUACCGCGAUUACAGCCACGGAGUGUUGAGGAUCACCAUCUGCAAAUCAUGCCAGAAACCGGUAGACAAAUAUAUCGAGUACGAUCCUGUUAUAAUCUUGAUUAAUGCUAUUUUAUGCAAAGCCCAGGCCUACAGGCAUAUUCUCUUCAAUACUAAAAUAAAUAUGCACGGCAAACUCUGCAUCUUCUGUCUGCUCUGUGACGCGUACCUCAGAUGGUGGCAGCUCCAGGAUUCGAACCAGAGCCCCGACCCCGACGACUUCAUCAGAUACGCCAAGGAAUGGGACUUCUACAGACUGUUCACGGUGGCCUCGCUAGAACAAGCUGCCUUUUUCGUCGGCAUUUUUACUUUCCUGUGGGUAGAACGACCCAUCACAGAAAAGAAAAAACCCAACUUCGUUUUGCUGCUGAAAGCGUUACUGUUGUCCAGCUACGGGAAGCUCCUGCUGAUCCCGGCCGUGAUUUGGGAGCACGACUACACGCCGCUGUGCCUGCGGCUCAUCAAGCUGUUUGUCCUCACGUCGAACUUCCAGGCAAUUAGGGUGACCCUGAACGUCAACCGGAAGCUGUCCUUCUUGGCCAUCCUGAGCGGCUCCCUGCUGGAGAGCGCCAUGGUCUACUUCUUCCAGAGGGUGGAAUGGGACGUUGGAAGUGACUGUGCCAUCUACAGGUCUCAGGACUUCUGAGGAGUUCUAUCCUUAACUGUUCGUGGCAGGACCAGCUGCAUCAUCAAAGAGAAGACGGCAGAUACAACCAGAUGAGAGAAAUGAAGCAAAG